AUGGACCCUAUCUUACGCGGCCCGGACCUGAGAUUUGCUACUGAAAGGAUGGUGCCUUUCAGUUUCCCUCUGUCAAAGCGUGCACUUUGGGACCCAGUCCCUAUGGGUGAUGUCAUUGGCUCGCAUGUUACCUACUACAGAAACCCAAAGUUGUCCCUGUUGGAGAAAACCUUGCGACUUGCCUAUCGCCAUGCCAAGCAGAAUGAAAAGAGGUUGUUGUCCUGUUUCCUGCUUGGGACUCUCGCAGUAGACAAAGAUGGGGAAGGCAUAACGCUAACAAUAGACCGCUUUGAUCCUGGUCGAGAAGUUGCUGGUGGAUCAGGCAAGAUUCCAACUGCAUCUCUUCCUGGAGACUUUUUGAUUCCAUGUACAGUUAAUGCUUGGGGACUUUCUUCAGAUAACAUUGUAGUGCACAGUGCUGAAGAUAUCAGCUUGGCUUUCACGGGUCUGCAGCACAGUCUGUGCAGUAAAGAAUCCCUGGAUCUUUCUAAACUGCUCACUGUUAGAGCUCACAUUGUUUUCACAGAAAACCUGGAUAAUCUGCAUUUUAAUUUUCACUGGGCUUCUAUUACCUUAGCAAACAUCUUGGAAUACACCCCUGUGAAGUCUGUCCCAAUUAUUCCCACAGCCCUAGCAAGAAAUUUGAACAGCCCCAUGAAUAUUGCACAAGUUCAAGGAACGUACAAGUGUGGCUUCCUUACCAUGGACCAGACACGAAAAUUGCUUUUGCUGCUUGAGUCUGAUCCCAAGGCAUAUGCUCUCCCGUUAGUUGGAGUUUGGCUGAGUGGAGUUACUCAUAUCUGUAGUCCUCAAGUGUGGGCCUGUUGCUUGCGAUAUUUAUUCAGCUCUUCAGUUCAGGAAAGAGUUUUUUCAGAAUCUGGGAGUUUUCUUAUUGUGCUUUAUUCAUUAACACACAAGGAACCAGAGUUCUAUGAGUGCAUUCCCUGCAGUGGACAGAGUGAACUAGGGUUUCAGAUCUUAACUUGCAGCGAAACAGUGCACCUCUACAAAAAUGUUGAACCUUCAGACAAGAGCCCUCUCCAGUUUGAGCUGAGUGCAGAGAGCCAAAAUGCAGAAACAGAGUUCUUCAGCAGAGUUUGCAAGAAACUUCCUAUCAGAAGUCCUUCCCUAGGCUGUUCACCCAGCAAGUUGUCAGCAAGCGAUCACGACUCUGGUGUAGAAGAUGAGGAUUUAUCCCCCAGACCAAUUCCAAGUCCUCACCCAGUGAGUCAGCAGGUUACCAGGAUCAUUCCAUCAGUUCCUGAACUGUCACUUGUUUUGGAUGGGAGUUUUGUAGAAUCAGGACAAUCAUCUAAGCCUGUGGGGACUUCCAAUGCUAAAAGUCUACCCUCAGCACUACAUCAGCCUAUUAAAAAGAAAGGGUGCUUGGGAUCUGCAUGCUAUCCCACCCAACACUCUGAAGACAAGCAAAACUUUUCUGCUAAUGUGGGAGAUCCCUCUUUGAGACAAUUGCCAGUUCUGACUUCGAGACCUCCCAGAGGAAAACAAGCUCUGCCACAGCAACAGAUGCACUGUAAGAAAGCUUGCCCUCCAUCAAGAAAAAGUUCUGGAUCAUCUUCUCCUUCCACUCCUUGUAGUGGGCCUUCUCCAGAUACAUCUAUGAAUCACCCCAGAAAGUCAUCAGAAAGACUUGUGUUAAAUCCUGAUGGAGUCAUGCAGCAGGGAGAGCCUCCAAUGAGAAGAACAUCAACAUCCAGUUCCAAGCAGCUUCCUGCUGUGACACAGCCAGUCCUCUACAACUCUGCUUUUUCACCACAGAGCUGCAAAAGACCACCAGAACUGCAGGGGCCAGUUCAAGUGCCUCCUUGCUGUUCAGCCAAUGCAUGCAACUGUCAGUUUCCUGCUUCCAUCCAAUACAAUCUGAUCCAUUCGUGGCAAGGAGUUGGUAAAAUGAGCCCCAAACACGGAACGGAAAUCCAGACAGAGAUGGCUCAGCAGAAUCCAUGCACAUUGCUCCAUCCAAAUGUCAUCUGCCCAAACAUAUGCUGCAAUCCAGGAUGCAACACAAGCAGCCCUUUAAGCAUGGGGUAUCACGGGAAAAUGGGGCACUGUUCCCUGGACAACAGCUUACCGCCUGGAGGAAGGCUGCUUUCAAGUGCCAGCCCACCGUGCUGUGCAGCCCACUCACCGUGCCUGCACCUGCCUGCUCCGAAAGCAGGAUCAGAUAAUGGCAUGAUGGGAUUAUCUCCAGAUGCAUACCGGGUUCUUGCAGAGCAAGACAGACAACUCAAAUUGCUCCAAGCUCAGAUCCAACGCUUGCUGGAAGCCCAGGCUCGUCAGGCUUGCUCCUCUGAACCAGCUGCAGCCAGCCACGCUCUGCAGCCCGAGAAGCAAGCGGACCUUGUUUCUAUGGAAACACAGUCCUCACCAGGCCCUCACACGAGGAAAAGUGUGAGUGUUGCUGUGAGCACAGGUGCUAGCUUAUUUUGGAAUACAGCCUCGGGUAAACAAGAAGACUCCAUACCACAAGGGAAAAAAGAGGAUGAAGAGAUUUCCAAGGAAGACAUAAGCAUUUCAAUUAAUGCUGGGCAAGAUACAAGUAAUACAAGUAUUGCUUCUUCCUUAAAGGUGGUUGACAUGCCCAGCUUUGUAGACAGUAUCCAUCUGGUGGAAGAAGGAACUAAUCAGAACACUCUCCAAAAUGGAAACGUUUCCCAAGCUCUCGUUCGCAGCUCAUCCUUGGAGGAAAGCAUUGGCGUGUCUUUCCAGAAAGAGCCAACAGAGGGAGCCGGCAGCCAUGAGGCGGUAACAAGCGAGCACAGCUCGGAGCCACCCGCCUCGCUGCUGCCUCGGCAUCCAUCAGAGGAUCAGAAGCUUUAUCAGGACUUACUGGGCCAAGUAAACCACCUCUUGAAGUCUUCAGAAGAGCAAGACCACUUGCCUGUAAAAUCAGGAUUUUGUAAUGAUGAUGGUCCUAAUCAUCAGGCUACUGAAGAUGCAACAGAAAUGGCUUCAGAGACUGACAUGGCAGUGGUGGAUAAAGAGAGUGUGAUUAGCGCUACGCUCAAACAGCUGAAAAGUCUGGGAGUGACCAUUGACUCACCUGGCAAGAUGAAGAAAAACACACACAAAGUGGAGAAUGCCAGCGUCUUAGCGUGCAUAAAUCCUGAAGCAGUGAUUCCUGGACUCAAUUGCGUGUCCUUUGCCAAUGUCAGCGUGUGUGGCUUAACUCCCAACGUCGCUGAUCUGAGCAUGGAAGCAAACGCCAUAGCUCUCAAGUAUCUCAGCGAAAAUCAGCUGUCCCGCCUUUCUCUCAGUCGCUCAGGCCAAAAUCCUCCUGCAGAUUUCUCUUUCCAAGACAUCUUGCAUACAAAUAUGGACAAGAGCAUGGUGGGUCUCAGCUUAAUUUCCCCAAGCAAUAUGUCUUUUGCAACCAAGAAGUACAUGAAGCGACACGGGCUGAUACAGGGCGACGACAGUAGCGAAGAUGAAGAGGAACUGCAGGUUCAAGAUGGCAGUUCUGGCACUGUCAAGAGCAAAGGCAUGCUGGACAGAAUCUGCGCUCCUGUGCUGGAUGGCUUCAACCCUUGGGCUGAAUUAUCCAAAAGAACUGAAGGAAGACUUCCCAUUCAUCUAAAAAGUCCCAGCAGAGAGCUGGCUACUAAUGCUUCUCCACCAGAAUUAAACAGCCCUGCGAUGAGAAAUAUGACACAGGAUUUUUUUCCUCCUAGACCAGAUCAAGCAGAUGAAAACGCAGUUCAGAUUUUCAAGGCUUUAAAAUCAAAACCUAAAUUAUUACCUGGGAAGGUUGAAUUCACUGAACAGCCUGGCAGGAAAGACAAUGGAGAUAUUCAGGCCUUCCAUGGAAACCUGCACACUGCAACCCUUGAAACGUUAAACCAGUCAAAUAGCAUGAAUUCUGUUGGCACUGUUCUUGAUGUGAAACAACUCAGGCAGUUGCCCAAGCUGUUCUGAACUUCUCCUGAGGUGGCUACCAACCACUGUUUCAAAUCUGAGAGGGACCUCUCUGUAACACCUCAGGAAACCAAGGAUUAAGCAAGGAUUUGAGGAGGUCUCCCUGUUGCA